UUAUAUUUGUUCUCGUGACGUGCUGGUAUUUAAUGCUUCAGUGAAGCCACCACCUCAACACACCCGAUCUGGGUUAGCCAAAACAAGAUGGCGAUUUCGUAUUUAGAUCAAGCGUAUAUUCUCGGUUUGGGAAUACUGGCUUUCUUGAUUUCGGGUCUUGACGCGAGGUACUGUUCAACCUACAGCUACGACUACAUCGAAUGUCCGUACGGCUGUUGCGGAACGUCCUACAACCGAUACUGCUGCAGCUAUUCUCGUUUCAGCUGGGGGUCGUCUGUUGGUUACUCUGUGGGAGGCAUUCUCUUCGUCUUGUUCACCGUCCUACUGUGCUGUUGUAUUCGACGAAGACGGCUCGCCAAUUCCAGAACAGUCAUCCAGACAACAGGUCCCAAUGGCGUGCCCUUUGUCUACCAAACAAGUAGCAAUGGAUAUGCAAUACCCAAUGCCCCGCCACAGCCGUACCCCCCACCAGGUAUUCUGGGAUACCCUUCGCCUGCCGUCGCAGGCUCAAUGCCACCAUCUUACAUAGGCUCACCGCCGCCAGCCUUUCCAGGUCAACCACAAGCCUUUGCAGGUCAACCUCCAGCUUUUACAGCUCCACCUCCAGCCUUUGCAGCUCCACCUCCAGCUUAUUCUGAGGUUGUAUCCAAGACUGACGCCAGCAACCCGCCAGCCUAUGACAACACUGGAUUUAACCACUGAAAUCCAGCCUCACGCCUCGAGCUGAGCCAAACAAACCUGUGGUGAUUGACAUUGCAGUGUUCCAGAUAGCGUCAUACGAAAAACUGUACAUAGUUACUAACAAAGAGAACAGCUAGUAAUACAUAAUGUUCCUAAUCCCGAAGACCCUAGUGGAUAUCAGACAAAACAAAUCUCGCUAUCCACGUCAAAUGAACUAGUGUUAAAGUCGCAGAACCUGCUUUCAACUAUGAAACUGUACAUUGAGAUUGGUUAAUCUACAAACCUGUAACACAUUUGGAUAAAGUUGCAAGAGGGUAAAACAUGCAAAUUUGACGCUGAAACCUGGAAAUAUCCCUAAAAAUGGACUAAACCUCUUCUAAAUAAUCGUUAAUGCUCAGAGAUACGUGCGUUUAAAAAAAAUACAAAAAAUGCAUUUUGUAGUAUUAGAAACACUAGGAUGACCAAAAGCACUUUGUAUGUACGGAAAUGGAUAAUCUAAACGACAAAAUCUAUGUAAUGUCUCUUUCAAUUAUUAAAAAACCCGCAUAUUAAUCAUUUAAAAAAAUCGUUGCAGUGUUUAAAAACUAGGGUCUGUCAUUUUAAAGGAAAGAGAUGUAUCAUUAUAUUCCAUGUAAUCGCAUCCAUUUUAAUCAGCCUGAUAGUAGCGCCAACUUCUUAUGGUUAUUAAUAAGAGAAAAUAAUUCCUACAUAAGAAAGACCCCCCCCCCCCACCCCCCCCCCCCCCCCCCCCCCCCCCCCGUAUUUGCCUAAUUAUACCUUUACAGUUGUAAACGUUUAACAUGUGUUCACGUGUUUGUUGUUAUAAUUAUUGUUGGGUUCAAUGAUGGAUACAUUUAUUGGCAAAUGAAUUCUUCUUCUUCUU